AUGUUGCGUGAUGAUCCAGAAUAUAGUGGUAUGAAAUUGGUUCGAUCGAAAACGUCCAAAGCUGACGUGGAAAUCGUUGAGGCUAUUGAUUCAGAUUCAGAUCCUGAUCCCAUUGAAAAUGACAAUGGUGAUGAUACCGAAAGUAGUGCAACCGUUUGGAAAGAAUGUUUUGGGAAUUUUCAUAUUUCCAAGAAAGAUGAUUGGAUGAAUAUUCGCAAGAUUUUGCUCGCAUUUCACAACGAUGUUCAGCAUCUUCAGGACGUGGACAAAGAAUCCAAAUUACCCACCGUGGUCCAUCUUUCAACAACGUCUCCACCACCUGUGUUGCAUAAAGCAGUCGUGGCUCCUCCUGCAGAUGACUCUCAGACCAAGAAGAAAUCAGUCAAACGCAAAAAACCCAACGCGUCAACAGUGGACAAUGAGGUAGUAUUUACUGAUUGUAAUUUUAGUAAAGCACUUGCUGUAUCGACAUGUUAUAUGUUUCAUUAUUGUAUUACGACUCGUCGUUGUGUGGAAUUGUAUACGAAAGAGAUGUGUGCUGCCCUUCCUUUCGAUUAUAAGUUCUUAUAGUAGAAAUGGAUAAAAAAAAUUAAAUAAAAGUGCUAUUAAAAUGAUUCCACAUUUUCGUCGUUAUAAUCGACCGCAAAAAAAUGCCAUACAGCUUACGUGGAAUGAUUAAAGGAAUUUUUGGUUUUUUGUUUAGGAUAAGAAUUCAUAUAAAUCAUCAAUAGCAAGACUUUUUCGUUAUAUGCAUAAUUAUGAUUUAGACUCUGAAGAGGUUAUAUGUAGAUAUAGUGACGAGUUUGAUAGUCAUUUUAUACAUAUAGUGAAGAAUUUUCGUGAGCAACUUGUAAAUAUGUAUGCUCGUGUAUGUACGUUGUUGGAAAGUACACCUGAAGACUACGAAACAGCAAAUAUUAUAGCAGCCUCUAAAUAAUUAUUGAUUGUGUGUGUGUGUGUGUGUGUUGUUUUAGUGAUAUUCAACAAUAUGGUACGAAGAAAAAAAGAUGCUAAAGAAAGAACUGACGAACUUAUUAUUAAAAAAGCUUCUCGGUUAUUAAAACGUGAAAAAAACUAAAUAAGUAACAAACUGAAGCGCAUACUUUACACUCUAGAAAAUUGCAUAGAUAUAAACGUUUAAAAAUACUCGUAGAUAAAUGUAAUGCUCAAUGGAGUAUUGAUUUAGCAGAUUUAAAUGAAUUGUCACGUUAUAAUAAUCAAUAUCGUUAUAUGCUUGUGUGUGUUGAUGUUCAUUCCCGUUCGCCAAGUUAUUCAAAACAAAAUCGGCAACGAAUGUGGCGAAGAAAUCUGAGGAACUUUUAUUAGAAUGGGGAGUGCCAAAAAAAGUACAAAGUGACGAGGGCAAGGAAUUUUCAUUGAUUAAACGUAAACUUGGACCACAAUAUGGUUUCAAACUAUUUCAUACUUUUAAUCGAGAAACAAAAGAAGUACACGCCGAACGAUUUAUUCAAACAUUUAAACAAAUGGUUCGACGUACACUGACAACACUCGAUUUGGGUUUUCGCUACAUUCACUAUUUGCCGCUAAUUCUAGAACGUUACAACGAAUCACCGCAUCAAGGUUUGUUCGGUGCUUACACCGCACGAUAUUUAUGUGAAGAAAAAACCUGUGAAUAA